UUAGAGCCUCCCCACCGCCGGCGACGGCUCCACCACUGAAGUCCUCCGCCGACCCCGCCGCCGCCCCACCGGGUCCAAGAACAAGCCCAAGUCCUCCCCGGUCGUCAUCACCCGUGACCCCGAGGGCUCCCUUUCCCUCUGCCCCUGCAUCCGAUGUCGCCGCCUCUUUCCAGAUCCGGCGCGGGCGACCCUCGCCCUGGCUGCGAGAGUGGACCCCUCGCCGGAUUUCGUGAGGUCCCGACGCUGCUCCCUCCGAGAUGGCCUCCGCCGCGACCCAUUCCGGAUCCGAGACCGAAGACGGAUCCGCUCGAGAUCCGGCUCUCGCGGGCCCGGCUCCGGUACCGGGGGUCCGGCGAGAAGGCGGUCCGCACGCGAGGCAAAGAAACCGAAGAGAUGAAUUUAGGGGCGAGUUCGAAUCGGGAACCGAACCGAACCGAACCGGCUGGUUAAGGUCGCAUGUGGAGGUGAUGGUUGUUUCUUCUUUUCUUUAAUUUACGAGGUGGGCCAGGAUCUGCUUGUGUCUGCUUGUGUCACCGUGGGGCAUAUCAACCCGCAGGUGGGGCAUAUCAGUCCGCAUUCCUGAUCCGUCCACCGCUUUUCUGGCAGUUGACACUUUGGGAGAUCGCCUUUUUUGUAAAGUUGAUACUUUUGGAGAUGGCUUAAACGUACGUCAAAACGAACCAAGAGGACAACUUCUUCUGCCGAAGCUGCUUCUCCUUCUUCUUCCUGGCUAAAUCGACAGCGGCCGCACGAACUCCGUCUCUCCCCAUUAAAGUUCCCAUCUUUCGUGCGCAGCUUGGUUCUCGGUGAGCGCGAGAGAUGGGUAGCUCGACGACGGCAUUGUUUCUCUGCCUUCUCGUGAUGAUGGCAGCGGGAGGAGCUCGAGGGCUUUUCUAUAACUGGGAAGUGAAGCAAGAGAUGAUGGGCUCCUACAAAGAGCAGGUCGUCACCAUCAAUGGACAGCACCGCGGCCCCACCAUCCAGGCUCAUCAGGGAGACAGAGUUUUCGUCAGAGUUACCAAUAGGUUGAGCCAGAAUGUCGCGAUCCACUGGCACAACACCCAACAGAUUCAAAGUCUGGGGAGCGAUGGAACAGGGGAUGUCGUUCCAAGGACCAUUUCGCCCGGAAAAACUUUCACCUAUGUUUUCAUCGUCCAUCAGCUUGGAAAAUCUCCGUACAACUCCUAUUACACAAUGCAAACAGUGGCUGGACUACAUGGGUUGAUCGAUGUUUUGCCGCCGUACGGUGUCGCUGAGCCAUUUGCUCAAGAUUAUAACAAGAGCAUCAUCCUCGAUGACCGGUACUACAGAAGCUAUUAUGAUUGGGUGGCAGAGCCUGAGUCCCUGCUGAUUCCCAGGACGGAUCGUAAUGCCAUCAAUCCUGAAUAUUUGCACUGGAGGGUCGUCCUUGGUCAAACGUAUUACCUCAAUAUUUCAAGUGUGACGCCUCAUUGUAAUCUCAGCUUUCAGAUUGAGGGUCACAACCUUACUGUUGUUGAAGUGGAUGGGCACUAUGUAGAGCCAUUUGUGAACCAAAGCCUGAUCGUCUACUCGGGUAAGACAUACUCUGUCAAGAUCAAAGCCAAUCAAGAUCCGUCGAGAAAUUACUCGAUCACGACCGACAUUGUUGGCCAGAACACCACUGCCACAACCCCUCUCGGUCUGGCUGUGCUCAGCUACUCCCCACCUGCUGGCCCGAUUCGGAAUGGCGUCUCACCACAGUCAGUUCAGAGCCUGGGGAAUAAAGCCUGCGAAGAGCACCAAAUGAUGUUAGCAAUUCUACCGAUGCUAAUGUGGCUGAUCUGAAGACGGCCCAAAGGAUAAUUUUGCUUACUUUCAUC